AUGGCUCCUCUCGCUAAACUUGCUACUGUUGCUUUGAUGAUUGCCUCUGGCGCCGUCGCUGCUCCCUGGGACAGCACCUCUCGUCACAUGACCCAUCGUGUUCGCUCGGUCGGUCCUCAGAAAGCUCAGUUCCAGUCUUACCAUCCUCCGUCGACCUUUGAGACUUUCGGCCAAGGUGUCGACCACCCUUUGACCAAGCGUGGGAUUAGGGACGCAAGCACUCUGGAGGCCGCCAAAGCUUUCCUUGAGAGCAAACUCGGUGUCUCUGCUGACGCUCUGUCCCACAAGAGUGGCUCCACUUCCGAUAUUACUGAGCACGAGUACUUCCGCCAGCAGCUUAACGGCAUCCCGAUCGCAAAUGCCGUAGCUAAUGUCGCGCUCAAGAAUAACAAAGUUGUUUCGUAUGGUGCCAGUUUUGUCAAGCCAAAGUCUGUCGCUUCAGCCACGCCUACCUUGACCAAGGAGCAAGCUAUUACCAAGGCCGAGGCUGCAACAGGGGGGAAGUAUAACAAAUGGCCUACCACUCUUGAGUACUUUGCCAAGGACUCGGACCAUGUCGUUCUUGCACACGUAGUCCAAGUCCAAAACGAUCAGUCCGACGAGUGGUAUGAAGCAUUUGUCGAUGCCAGCACCGGAGAAAUCGUCAAUAUCGUUUCUUUCGUGGCUGAUGCUAGCUACCGCGUGGUUCCAUUCACCUCCCAAUCACCUGAUGAUGGAUUUUCUACUGUGACUGACCCUCAAGACACUGUGUCUUCCCCUAACGGAUGGCACCAGUAUGGUACGACCAGCACGACCAGCACCUCUGGCAACAACGUCAUUUCGUACAAGAGCUCCACCAGCGGCACAACCUCGCAAUCGAGCGCCACGAAUAAUUAUAACUAUGUCUUUAACUCGGCUGUCUCUCCUUCCACUAGCCCCAAUGUGGAUGCUGCUCGCGUCAAUGCGUUCUACGUGGCCAACAUGAUUCACGAUGUUACCUACCGCUACGGCUUUGACGAAACUUCAUACAACUUCCAGCAGAACAACAAUGGCAAAGGUGGUGCACAAAACGACCGCGUCCAGAUUUCUGUUCAGGACUCUUCUGGUACCAACAACGCUAACUUUGCCACCCCUGCUGAUGGUCAGCCUGGCCAGAUGCGUAUGUAUACCUGGACUUACACUACCCCCAACCGCGACGGUGCCCUCGAGAAUGACAUUGUUACACAUGAAUACACCCAUGGAAUCUCCAACCGCCUGACUGGUGGUGGAACUGGUCGCUGCUUGCAAACCACUGAGGCCGGUGGAAUGGGCGAGGGCUGGUCUGAUGCAUUCGCGGACUGGACGGAACAGACCAGUGCGACUGACAAAGACUUCACCCUUGGCUCAUAUGUUAUCAAGAAUGCUGCCGGUAUUCGCUCCUACCCAUACUCUACCAGCAAAACAACCAACCCCCUUACCUAUGGCUCUCUCCGUACCCUCAAUGAGGUGCAUGACAUUGGUGAGGUUUGGGCUCUCAUCUGGCACGAGGUGUAUGCUGCUUUGAUUAAAAAAUCUGGAUUCUCGGCUAGCAAGAACGACCCUACCGGCACAGCUGGUAAUAUUGUUGCUCUACAUUUGUUCAUUGAUAGUCUGAAACUCCAGCCCUGCAACCCAACUUUCAUCUCUGCUCGUGAUGCCAUUAUCCAAGCCGACGCCAACCGAUACGCAGGCGCCAACAAGUGCACACUUUGGGCUGCAUUUGCCAAGCGCGGCCUUGGAAGCGGUGCGACUACGACCAAGGCGGACAGUACGACUGUCCCUAGCGGAUGCUAG